CUCUCAGAGAGAUCGAACAGCUAUGGCGGAUAACGGCGGGGGGGGGGGGGCGGUGAAUCCGAAGCCCUCCAAGGGUUUCUCCUCUAGGCUCAUCGACCUUCUCGAGACUCUCUUCGUCAAGUUUAUGCACGAUGCUUCUCAGCCUCUUCACUACCUUUCCGGUAACUUCGCUCCUGUCCGAGAAGAAACUCCUCCCGUCAAAGAUCUCCCUGUCACUGGUCAUCUUCCCGAAUGCUUGAAUGGUGAAUUCGUGAGGGUUGGUCCAAAUCCUAAGUUUGAUCCUGUGGCUGGAUACCAUUGGGGCGGUGAAUCCGAAGCCCUCCAAGGGUUUCUCCUCUAGGCUCAUCGACCUUCUCGAGACUCUCUUCGUCAAGUUUAUGCACGAUGCUUCUCAGCCUCUUCACUACCUUUCCGGUAACUUCGCUCCUGUCCGAGAAGAAACUCCUCCCGUCAAAGAUCUCCCUGUCACUGGUCAUCUUCCCGAAUGCUUGAAUGGUGAAUUCGUGAGGGUUGGUCCAAAUCCUAAGUUUGAUCCUGUGGCUGGAUACCAUUGGUUUGAUGGAGAUGGAAUGAUUCAUGGUGUCCGCAUCAAAGACGGAAAAGCAACCUAUGUCUCACGAUAUGUAAAGACAUCACGUCUUAAGCAGGAACAAUUUUUUGGAGGUGCUAAGUUCAUGAAGAUUGGGGACGUUAAAGGAUUGUUUGGUUUGCUUAUGGUUAACAUGCAACAGCUGAGGACAAAAUUGAAAAUCCUGGAUGAUUCCUAUGGAAUUGGAACUGCUAAUACAGCCCUCAUAUAUCACCAUGGGAAACUAUUAGCUCUGCAGGAGGCAGAUAAGCCCUAUGUCGUCAAAGUUUUAGAAGAUGGAGACCUGCAAACUGUGGGCAUGAUGGAUUAUGACAAGAGGUUGACCCACUCCUUUACGGCUCACCCAAAAGUUGAUCCAGUUACGGGUGAAAUGUUUACGUUCGGCUAUUCUCACAAGGCACCCUAUAUCACGUAUAGAGUGAUCUCCAAGGAUGGUGUUAUGCAUAACCCAGUCCCGAUUACAAUACCAGAGCCCAUCAUGAUGCAUGAUUUUGCUAUUACUGAGAAUUAUGCGAUCUUCAUGGAUCUUCCAAUGCACUUCAGGCCAAAGGAAAUGGUGAAAGAGAAGAAGAUGAUUUACUCAUUUGAUCUGACAAAAAAAGCACGUUUUGGUGUUCUUCCGCGUUAUGCCAAGGAUGAACUCAUGAUCAGAUGGUUCGAGCUUCCGAACUGCUUUAUAUUCCACAACGCUAAUGCUUGGGAAGAUGAGGAUGAAGUCGUCUUGAUCACUUGUCGCCUUGAAAAUCCAGAUCUCGAUAUGGUCAGUGGGAAUGUCAAAGAAAAACUCGAAAAUUUUGGCAACGAACUGUAUGAGAUGAGAUUCAACAUGGCAACAGGUGCAGCUUCACAGAGAAAACUAUCAGCAUCCGCUGUUGAUUUCCCUAGAAUCAACGAGUGGUACACGGGGAGGAAACAGAGAUAUGUAUAUGGAACUAUUCUGGACAGCAUUGCCAAGGUUACUGGGAUUAUCAAGUUUGAUCUGCAUGCCGAACCUGAGCCAGGCAAAACAGAACUUGAAGUAGGAGGCAAUAUCAUAGGAAUAUAUGACCUUGGACCGGGCAGAUAUGGUUCAGAGGCUAUAUAUGUCCCACAAGAGACUGGCUGUACAGCCGAGGAGGAUGGAGGCUAUCUGAUUUUCUUUGUCCAUGACGAACGUACAGGGAAAUCAUAUGUGAAUGUAAUAGAUGCGAAAACAAUGUCUGCGGAUCCUGUGGCAGUGGUGGAACUGCCGCAUAGGGUUCCAUAUGGGUUCCAUGCUUUCUUUGUUACGGAGGAACAACUCCAAGAACAAGCUGCUGGCUCUUAUGCUUCGUAGCUGAACAAAAUACCAAGUCUCCGAGAGUCAUGCAUCUGUUGUCCGUAUCCCCGUUCUAAACCAAACACAGCUCUGCCACAUACAUCGUUUGUGUUGCCGCUUAUAAACGAACAAGGUUGAUACCUUCUACUGUAUUGCUUCUUUCUUCUUUUUGCCUAUAUAUGGCAGUGCAUAUGUUAGAUGAUAUUGCGUA